CUCUAUUUCUCACUCUCUUUUAAUUUUCUGUCUCUAAGAAAUUGCUCUAGCUAGUUCAAUUCAUCCAUGGCCUAUUAUCAGGGGGGAACCCACAAGCCAAGUUACAGCAACAAUAAUAGCUCAUCAUCAACAUCAUGUUUUCAUAGUUUUGGAAUGACAGAGCAAAGAUUAGCAAUGGGAGUGAUUCUAGUGAUAUUUUGUGGGUUUGUAUGGUAUGUAGUUUAUGAUGCAAUCAUGAAGACUGCAGCCGAGCAAUUAAGGAGGCUUCUAAUGGUCUCGCCUCUGCUCUUAAUCAUUCUAGUGCACUGGCUCUCUGCUGAACCAUCAUACAGCCGAGGGGGACAAUAUAUGAGCAUGAUGAGGCCUGUAGGUGGCAGUGCAGUGGUAGGAGCUGAGAAAGCUGGUGCGAUUCAUCGAUCGGGUGACUAUCCUACAGCAAUCCAAACCGUUUUUAUAAUCUCAGCAUACGACAAAUGGUAAUAGAAUAC